AUGCCUGGUUCUCGGCGCCAUAUGGAUGUGGAAACAGAAACAAGAGCAGUGUUUAUGCUUCAGGAGGGAGAAUCUCAGAGAUCAGUGGCAAGACGUCUUGCUGUGUCGCGACGAGCUAUUCGAAACGCGUGGGAACGCUUUCUAGAGACAGGUAGUGUCGCGAGGAGAUCUGGAUCAGGAAGAGCGCGAGCUACAACCGUCCAGGAAGACCGGCGCGUCGAGAGCGUACGAUUCCCGCCCGCGUCUUACAAAAUCGACUGCGGCAAUCGAGUGGCACACGAAUUAGUAAUCAAACCAUUCGAAAUGGGCUCCAUGUAG